AUCUGAUUAUUUUCUAUUUUCUGAUACAGGCUGUUAAGUUAAAGCUGUAUGAUGUGUUAAGGAGGCGCACACUAUGACAUUGGAUUUUAUUUUACACGUUAAACGACGGAAAAGGGAUUUUAAUGAGAGAGAAUAACAUUUAAUAUAAAAUGAAGCUGCUUUUUAUUUCUUUUUUAUACUUUUUAUCAUCAAAUGCAAGUAAAGAUACUGCUCUCAACGCCCCUUUUUUAUUGCUCGCAAAUCAUGUUGAUAUUCGAUUAAUUCCAUCUGGUGAGCCCAACAACACAGUUAUCGUGGCUUCAGACUUAAAAGGAGCAUUAGCCUGUGAUUUCUUCUUUGAGGAACAGCAUAUCUACUGGAUUGACUGUCUUAAUGGAAGGAUCCAGUACGUUGACAUGACGACCCCACAGCGCAAAAAAAUGGACGUACUUGUUUCGGGUAUGGUUAAACCUGAAGGCCUCGCAUGCGACUGGAUCGGUCGAAAACUGUACUGGACAGACCGUGGAACAAAAAGAAUUGAAGUUAGUGAAUUAGAUGGAAGUCACAGGAAAGUUUUACUGUGGAACAAUCUAGACCUUCCGAGAGCUAUAGCAGUGGAUCCUCAUAACAGGUACAUGUACUGGACAGACUGGGGCGAAGAGCCGAAGAUAGAACGUUCUGGAAUGGAUGGUUCACAGAGAGAAGUUCUGAUCAACCAGAAUAUUUACUGGCCUAAUGGAAUCACACUUGAUUAUGAAGAAGGGAAAGUUUACUGGAUCGAAGCUGGCCAUCAUUUUAUUCAUCGUAUUAACUUAGAUGGCUCACAGAGAGAAGAGAUGUUCAGCAGUAACAACGACAACAACCAGCUCGUUGUUCCUCCAACGUCCCAGGAGUCAAGCGAUCAGAGUCGCUCCUCUAACUCUACAUCCACGAACAUCCCUCUCUCCUCCGAGGAGGGAGGAGAGUGGGUGGGAGCUCUGGAGCAUCCCUACGCGAUCACUCUCUUCCGGGAUCGAGUUUACUGGUCCGAUUGGAGGACCUCAUCUCUUUAUUCCAUCUCGAAAAAUCAAACCGAGGUUCCUCGUUUAGUGAAAGGGGACAUCCUGUCGCCAAUGGACCUACAGGCCUAUAACUCGCAGAGGCAAAAACCAGGUCCUAAUCCGUGUGGUUCCACGAAUGGUGGAUGCUCACACUUAUGUCUCCUCUCACCCAAGCCCCCAUAUUACAAGUGUGCGUGCCCGACCGGGGUCCAAAUCAUGAAGGACCGAAAAACAUGUAAACACGGUCCAGACCAGAUCCUUCUGCUUGCACGAAGAACAGACAUUCGAAUGAUUUCGCUCGACACUGAUGACCAUACGGAUGUACUACUGCCUGUAAAGACAGUGCUGAAUGCAGUCACAGUGGAUUACGACCCAGUGGAUAAGUUUGUGUACUGGACGGAUGAAGACAGAAAAGCAAUUCUCAGAUGUCAUCUUAACGGCACAGGUUCUGAAGCAAUUAUCACAGAAAACUUGGAGCAGUCGGAUGGCAUGGCAAUAGAUUGGGUUGCAAGGAACUUGUAUUGGACAGAUACGGGUAGAAACUAUGUAGCAGUGGCACGGCUUAAUGGGACAUCCCGGAGAAUUCUUAUCGAAACUGAGAUUGACGAACCAAGAGCAAUCGUGGUCGAUCCAACUGCUGGCUAUUUCUACUGGACCGACUGGGGAGAAAACCCCAAGAUAGAACGUGUCGAAAUGGACGGCACAAACAGAAUUUUGUUCGUAAGAAAACACCUAAAAUGGCCAAACGGUUUAGCAAUUGACCACACCCAUGGCUGGCUGUAUUGGGCCGACGCAUCGCUCGAUAAAAUUGAGCGGAUCAAGCUUGACGGGACACAGAGGAAGAUGUUGGUGUCCGGGAAGAUACCACACAUAUUUGGAUUCAGCAUUCUUGGCAACUAUCUCUACUGGGCUGACUGGCAAAGAAGAAGAAUUGAACGAAUGCGAAUUGGUGAUCCGAGAUCCAGGGAAAUACUCAUAGAUCAACUUCCUAACCUAAUGGGGGUGAAGGCCACUGGUAUGACACCUUUACCAGGAACUAAUCCUUGUGCAAGAAAUAACGGGGGUUGCUCACAUUUGUGUCUAUAUACACCAGAGGGUCCGAGGUGCAGUUGCCCAACUGGUCUCGAAUUAGCGAUCAACAGUCACCAGUGCGUGGUACCUGAAGCUUACCUUCUCUAUUCACUACCAAAAGUUGGCGGAAUUAAAGAGAUUUCUCUCGACACUGCACAAAACGACAAGUCCCUUCCAUUCAACAAACCCGUUGAAGCUUACUUACUUGAUUUCUCAGUAGAUGAUAGUAUGGUGUAUUGGACAAAUACAAGAGACAUGACAAUCUCGCGUGCUUUUAUGAACGGGUCCAACGUUGAGAGAUUCAUAGAUAUCGGCAUAGAGAUCUUACAAGGGGUCGCGGUUGACUGGAUCGGACGCAAUGUGUUCUGGGCUGACGCUCAAGCCAAUCGGAUCGAAGUUGCUCGUAUGGACGGGACAAGCAGGCGACCAAUCAUAUGGCAGGGAUUGGAUUCACCUGCGUGUAUCGCCAUGGAUCCAGCCAAUGGGUACAUAUACUGGUCAGAGUGGGGCACAGACACGUGCAUAAAACGCGCAAAUCUGGAUGGUUCCAACGUGGUACGAUUGACACAAAUCGGGGACGUUGGACGCGCUAGUUCCCUUACUAUAGAUUACGAGGAUAGAAGGAUUUAUUGGGUGGAUUAUGACAGUAAUAUGAUCAUGUCUUCCGAUAUGGAAGGCAGAAACUUGAUUGAAGUAAUCAAUGUAGCUGACGAACCAGGAAAUGUUAUUUCAAGUUUAACAUUAUAUGGAGAACAUGUGUAUUGGGCAGAUAGCAAACAGAAGACCAUACAAAGAGCAAAUAAAUUGCACGGAGCGAGCAGGAGAAUAAUCGAGACUGGUCUCGGUUCUAUUGAUGAUAUGUUGGUGUUUCACGCAUCACGUCAAAUCGGUGUCACAUCAUGUUCACGUGAUAACGGGGGGUGCCAAUACCUAUGUUUAAGUCUUCCAGGGGGAAACUACACUUGCGAGUGCCCUGCCCAUUACACGUUAAAUCUAUUGGAUAAUUCUUCAUGUGUUGCCCCAUUAAAUUUCCUAUUGGUGAGCCAGACUUCAUAUAUUUCCCGUAUUGUGUUCGAAUCCUCCGAAGGGGUCCUAGGGGUAAUUCCCGGGGCUGAGAUUGACCAGCGAGCAGUUUACGACGAGAAUGCAAAACCAACGCCUGACGCCGUGUUACCCAUUAAAGGGCUGAAGGAUGCCUGCUCAAUUGACUACGACCCAAUAGAACGCACAAUAUACUGGAUCGACUGCGCCACCGGUGAAAUAAAGAGUUGCCGAGACAAUGGCACAGAUGCGAGAGUUCUCGUCGCAAAUAGGGGUUCAAACGGGUCAAAUCGACCCCAUGAUUUAGCUGUGGAACCCUACACAAGACAUUUGUACUGGACAGACUCUCUGUCUAAUUCCAUCCAAAUGAUGAAUUUAAAUGGGACCAUGAUUGGGACUGUAUUAUCUGGUAAACUCAAUGCACAAGGGGUGGGAAAUGGAAAAUACAUUGAUAUUAUGCCAAGGAAAAUUACAAUAGACUCCAUGAAAGGGCGCAUAUACUUCAGUAACACAUGCCAUGACACAAAGUCAUGCAGAUUUAAGAUUCUACAAUCUGCUUUAGACGGAUCUGAUUGCAUUGAAUUAUUCAGUCAUAAUUUACACAACGUUUCAGCUAUGGUAGUAGACUCACAAUCUAAAAGAUUAUACUGGUCUGAUCCGGAUCGUGAGGUUAUAGAAUGGUCAAAUACCGAUGGAAGCCAUCGUACCACGCUUAUUGAGAACAGUAUAAGUCAACCAGUUGGUUUAGCUGUGUUUGGUGAUUCCAUCUAUUGGGUGGACUCUCAGAUUGAUGUUGGUGUGAUCAGUGGAGCGAAUAAAAUCGACGGUUCAAAUCGACGAAUUAUUCAAAGUCGAGUCCGAAACUUAAAAGCGAUCGCUGCAGCCAAGCUUAUCAAUCUUGGUGACCGAUUACAACACCCAUGUUUCACUGAUAAUGGGGGUUGUUCACAUAUCUGCGUGCCACAAGUUACCGGGGUGACACGGUGUUCGUGCCCCACACAUCUUGCUGUGAUAGAAGAUUCCAAAUGUGGCAAGCCAGUGACGUGUGGUCCAGGUUAUUUUCGAUGCAAAACUUUAUCGAUUUGUAUUCCCAUGAAUUGGAAAUGUGACAGUGAGAAUGAUUGCGAAGAUGCCUCAGAUGAAAUGAAUUGUGAGACAAAUAGACUGCCGUGUAAGGAUUACGAAGUGGAAUGCAAAGCAGGAGAUUUACAACACAGAGGAAACUUUCUCCAUAACUUGGUUCAAGUCUUGCCCCAGUGCGUCAACCAGUCAAAAAUUUGCGACGGAACGUAUGAUUGCAUCUCGCAAAGUGAUGAAAUGAAUUGCGAUUGUGGACCUAACCUAAAGGUGUGUCCAUCUGGCCAGUGUGUGGCAGUAGGGAGCUCAUGUGACUGCACCAACUGUCAGCCAAUUCUCAAUGAAGGAAGGCUGGUGGUCACCGACGAGUAUCUUCUUCAAAAACUUCUUAAAAGACUUGAGAGUUUCAACAAGAGCAACCAAGCUCAUAAACUUCCUGUCAUUGGCGGCAAUGAUCAAGACAACUCAAUGGUUAUAGUGAUCGGCAUCGUAUGUGGGUGCGUGGUUUUGCUCGGAAUCGGUCUUUUUAUACGACAUUGCAUGACCCACAACUCUCGUUACCCGCAAGGGGUUGUCAUGUUCGCCCCGCACACGAACGGCAACUGCACCGUCAACGUAGAAAUCCAGUCGCGUGCCGACACAACUGAAGUCGUAAACCACCAAAAAACUAACGGCAACCAGAGCCGUAAAAAGGGGUCAACAAAGGGGAAAGCAUCGAUUAACCUUUCCUUUCACCCCAGCGGGAGUAGAUCGGGGUCAAAUUCCCGGUUUGGGGUCCCAUCAAAUUGGCAAUUUCCCGUCCAUUAUACAAAGGAUUGCCAUUCUAUGGAUCGUCCCUGUGUUCCAGGGGCAUCAAGGUGUUCAAGCAUACAAGCCAAGGUUUUCUCACCGACCACCAACCCCCCACCCUCCCCUGCAACAGUGAGAUCGGGCUCCAAAAGCGGGGACAGGGUUUAUUCAACUGAUUCUGGAAGGUCUCACCAUAGAUGUAAGAAUGGAUAUAAACACAGAAGGUCUCAGCACCGCUACCCAAUCCAUCACCCUCCACCCCCUACCCCAUGCAACACAGACACAUGCGAUGACGUAGACCGGGGUUACAGACACGGGGGUUCGAAUCGAAGCCCCCCAUCAACGAACUCAAGCGUCCCGCAUGAGCCCCCGCCCCCCUACCACCACCAUCAGUGUUGUUACCACUGCUACCAUCAAUACCCCCCACAAUGUAGACACCCAGAUGGCAGCUCGUCAAGCUCGUACCAAUGUGAGGACGACGAUUGCUCCUGUGGUGGUGACUCCCUACCAUCUUACCCCCCCUCUUAUAAUCAGCGGGGGCGCUCCUGGCGAAGACCUCCACAUCGCUCCUACCUCUCAUCGGAUCUGAAUUCGGAUUCGGAUCCAUUCGCGCCCCCGCCAACCCCACGCAGCCAGUACAUGUCGGAAUGUUGUUACACCCACGGUGAAACGACGGAGGCCGACGAUCCAUUAGACGAAGAAGAUGAGACGGUUGAUGAUGAUGUCACUAAUGACGUCACAGAAAACCUCAUUGCAGGAUCGGGAGUCACGGAAGAUGAGGAGGGAGGAUCUGAAGAUGAUGCGGACACAGUUUUACUCAAUCCGAGGUCAUCCCCAUCAGUAACGGAGCGAAGUUUUCGCAUCUAUAACCCUCCGCCAUCCCCAGCCACAGAUUCCUCAUGAAGCAGUGCUGCCAGUUGAAAAACUUAAUACAAAAAAUAGUGCUCCCAGUUAAAAACCUCUGCACAAAAGGCAGUGCUGCCAGUUGAAAAACUCGGUACAAAAAACAGUGCUGUCAGUUGAAAAACUUGUCACAAAAAGCAGUGCUACCAGUUGAAAAACUUGUCAUAAAAAGCAGUGCUCCCAGUUAAAAAACUUGACACAAAAAACAGUACUACCAGUUGAAAAACUUGUCACAAAAGCAGUGCUCCCAGUUAAAUAACUCCUCACAAAAAACAGUGCUACCAGUUAAAAGGUCAGAAAAUGCCAGGCGAAUAACUAAAACAUGAUCGAACAGCACUGCAGAAACAUGUAUAUAAAUCCAAUUCCCUAUUGUAAUGGGAAUGUUUAAUGUUUUUACCAUUUUUUGUUUUAUUUCAUUUCAAAACCAAUAGAACCCUCUGCCAACGCUGUCGUUGCCAACUUUUUUGCAUUUUAUUCUUUUUUUUGUUUGUUAUCAAAUUUUCAGCGGUACACGAAACUUUGCAUUUGAUCUUGUAUAUACUGCACUUCAAUUCUUCCGAACGAAUCAUGUUUUUUUUAUUGUACAGUAUAAACAUUAAGUUUGUCUGUCGUUCUGGUCAACUAUCUUGACAAAAUAAUCGCAUAAACGUUUUAGGAUUUUCAGGUACACUUUUACAUUUCUUAGAAUUUUAAAGUUUGCAGUGGUAGCCUUUGAGUUUUUUUACGACGAAAAAAAACACUUUUUUUCGUUUUUUUUACCGCCGUUUUAUGCGUGCCAAUUCUAUUCUAUUUCUAUUUUCUGUAGAAUAGAAUGCGUGCCAAUUAUUCAUAUAAGCAUGAGCCUUUUUAAAUUAAUUUUUUUGUAAAGUGUACAUCAGUCUUCUUACCUCUCUGGUCAUUGUUCUAGUGCCUGGUUAUCAUGUCUGAACGAUUUGCAAUUGCCCAACGAAUGUAAAUAAAUUUGGUUUUAACUAUU